UGGCUGAGCAGGAGAGGCAUGUGUUGCUAAAGGGUCUCGCAGCACAUGCAGCGGAAUGACUCAGGGACCCACGCGCUGUAGGACACACCUACCAGUACUUCUCAUGCUCGCUGGCUAUGCAAUGGCUGGUCUCCAGUUGUGGCCCUCAGUUCACGUGGCCCUCAGCAACGCCAGUGUGUUUGUGAACUACUACACAGAUGGCAACGGAACGGAGCACAACCUCACCCUGUCUCUGGUGGACGUCGGUAGCAAUGCUACCCUCUUAACCAGGUACCUCCCGAGGCACCAGGCGGAGGGCAAGCUGGAGUUCGACUGCUCCUGCUUCCUCUACGCUGGAAGCUUCCGCUUCCUGCUGGUGCAGAGCAGCAGCAACCAGAGCAGCGACACACAGUGGUGGAGCACAGUACUGCAGGUCAGUUGGCCCACCUUCCACAUCUCUGUGGAGCGCGCCAGCAACCGCUCCUCCAGCUCCUUCCAGAUCGGCGUGUCCACCAGCGAGCACUUCCACGCCUGCACCCUAGAGGGCGCCGCUCGCCUGCUGCUGGAGGUCACCUACCUGGAGCACAACCAGAUUGGCAGGAACAACAUCAACAAGGUGCGGGCGCAGACGGAGCACGAGCUGACGGUGGUGCCGAGGUCGCAGCGUGUGGAGCUGGCCUGCGUCUUCCCCUUCUCGGAGCAUGACUUCAUCCGCGUGGCCCUGAAGUCGCCUCAGGCCUCUGAGGAGAUCAAGACCUCCGUGCCCCUCUACCUGUCUCGCAUCUUCCCUUACAAGCUGCUGGUGGACGGCAGCAGCAGUACCCUGCGGGGCGGCUGCAAGGGGGCCGUGACCGUGCGCCUGGUGCCCCCUCCCUGCGCCUUCACCAAUGGGAAAGUGCUCCUGUACCGCGGAGGUGGGGCGCCGCCACGGCUUCCAGAUGUUUCCGGAUCGUCUCCGGGCAGCGCUGCGGCGGGGUCCUCCUCUGGCCCCGAAGAGGCGGCCUCGUCACCGUCGCUGGCACACCUGGCCUACAGGUGGCUGACGCACGGCGAGAACGAGACGGAGUUCAACUGCUCCGUCUUUGACCCCGGCGAGCACAAGUACUGCUUCCGCUUCGUCCUCAACUACAGUCGGUCUCCCAGCGCGGCACAGACCUGCACGGUGGUGCAGAGAAUCACAGACACGUGGGCUCCCUGGCAGCCCUGGAGUGGUUGCAGUGUGACCUGCGGGGAGGGCGUGAGGGAGCGGACGCGCAAGUGUCUGGUGCCCUCCAGUGGUGGCGGCAUGCAGUGCACCGGCCUGCUGAAGGAGCAGUCUCACUGCUCACUGGAGGACUGCAAUGUUCCUCUACCAUCUGUAACACCCCCCCAAGAUUCCGCUGUGUCUGACUCUGGUCUCCGCGGUAACCUGGUGGCCCUGGUGGGCAUCUCGCUGUGCCUGGUGGUGAUCGCGGCCACCGUGCUGGUCACCGUGUGGAGGAAGGGCUGCUGCUGCUGUGCCGGGGCCGCCAAGUGCAGCUCCAUGCGCCGCCGCUCCAGCUCCAUGCCCAUGCACCACCACUCACCAGGUGGCCGCAAAAACUCGGACGAGGCCUCCAUCUGCGGCCACAGUCUGCAGAGGCCCAGCUUCUGUGACAGCCUGCAGUCUCCUCCUCCUGCCCCCCUCCAGAAGCACCCCCUCCAGCAGCAGCAGCAGCAGCAGCAGCAGUCGUCCCUGCCGUCUCCCAUCUCCCCCAGCCAAGACCCGGAGCGCUUGUCCCCGUCCGGCCAGAAGAUCCUGCCGCCCAUCUUCGGCUACCGGCUGGCCCAGCUGCAGCUGAAGGAGAUGAAGAAGCAGGGCCUGCGGGAGGCCACCAAGGUCUACCACGUCUCCCAGAGCCCCGUGGAUGACACCCUGCUGGAGGCCGCCGUGGUGGCAGACGAGUCCACCCAGAGCGCGCUCAGCCACACGCUGCAGGACAGCACCACCGAGAGCCAGGACCUCGACUCCGACUUGAGUCGCUUCCGCAUCCGGUCUCCGUUCCUCCUGGACACCAAGUCGUGGACGCCUGCAAACAACACCACCACCAACAACAACAACAAAGCGUCCUCCAGGACCCUCCCCGAUCGUCUGGGCCCGAAAUCCGACUUCCUGGUGGGCUCCCCGCCGACGGGCUUCAGCGCCCAGAAGAGAGAGAGGACGGCCGACUGGGUGGAGAUGGUGGAGCGUUGCGGCGUGGGCGUCUCCAAGAACCCCAACUUCAGACGCACGGCCAGCUUCCACGAGACCAAGCUGCACCACCACCAGCCCAACAGCCAAUCAGACUCCUGCUCACCCGCCGGACGCUCCUUCCGGGAGCGCAGCAUGACUCAGGUGACCCCACGACAGAUCCCCGAGGGUAGCUGCAGGACCCGUGCGGCCUGGGAGCAGCAGCAGCAGCAGCAGCAGCAGCCGGUGCCCUUGUGGGAGAGAGAGGCCGCUGCCCUGGGCAACCCCAGAACUCCAUGUGACGCCACCGCCCUGGGCAACCCCAGAACUCCAUGUGACGCCACCGCAGCAGACAGCAGGAGGCGGCCGUGGAUAGAGGCAUCGUCCUGUUUCCUCGACCUCAGGUCACCCACGGGGACGGGAGGCACGUCCAGAACCACCUCCCCCGGGACGGUAGGCAGCAUCACCCGAGCAGCAGAGCCUGCGGUGGUGCUGGGAGAGAGGGGGCACAGAGGAGGAGGAGGAGGAGGAGGAGGAGGAGGAGGCGGGAAGGCUGGCCCCAGCAUUGGCACACCGGGUCUGAGUCAGGGACCGAACCAGGUGGAGCAGAACCGCAGCGGCCGCAGGGGCCCGUCCCCAAUCCACCGCACCAUCCUGGCACGGAAGCUACGCAACAAAGCGAACGCAAACGCGAGUGCUAACAGUAACAGUAGCAAUAACGGCACAGCAGCUGCUAACGCCGCGUACCAUCGGCAGCGCAGCGCUACCUUCUCUGCUUCGGCGGAGGAGAGGAAGGAGCGCUGCCGCAGCCUGCCGCUGUCGGGCGACUACAGCACCAUCAGCUCCCCCUACAGGCUGUCGGAGGUGGAGAAACGCAUGAUCGACCUGCCGGGCCACCUGGGCGAGGAACGGAGGGUGGGCCAGAUGCAGGCGGAGGCGCCGUCGGGAGCACACAGGCAUAUGUGAAGAAGAGAUUGGGAUUUAUGGCUCUUCUAUGGGAUCCGGAACAUACUGGGUCGGUAAUUUCAGAGAGCUGUUGAUUCUUCAAUGAAUCAAAAAACGUUUUUUUAAAGCGGCUCUUUCAAUGUUUGACUCCACCUCUAGGUCAUUUUGGCCUCCUCCUUAUGAAGACCAG